CAAAGUUCCUGUCUAACAUAUUCCCUGAAUUCUUUAGGGACUACCAUCGCGGGAAAUACACACGUUAAUACAUAUUUUCGAUUGUGUAAAUAGCAGGAUUACAUUCUGGAUAUUGGGGUAGCAAUAUCAUAAUUUUGAAGACACCUGCGAUACAUCAGGUAUUCGAUUGGGAGGGAAGUCAUUGGGCGUUCACGGCUGGAAAGACUAAGGUUAGGUCUACGGUUCAUCCCUUGAGCCUCCUCUACCCAGUCUGCUGUAUCUGAUUGUGUAACACUUCUGGUGGGUCCACGUGGGGAGGUGAUGUGUUCCAGUGGCGGUCCAGACAGCUCCGGCUAUGGGGGCAGCCGGUCUGGCUCCUCAUAUGCUCUGUGUGCCUUGGGGGUGGGGCUCAUAGCCCUGGGCAUCGUCAUGAUCGUGUGGACUGUGGUGCCCGGGGAUGCUCCCCGGACAACCAAGCCUCCGGGCAACUUCAGUGUUAUUGUACCAGUGGACCAUGCUGGGGAUGGAGAGAAGGACAGGGAAACAGCGAAGACCUCAUCAAUAGCCUAUGUGCUGGUGGGGGCGGGGGUGGCCAUGCUGCUGCUGUCCAUCUACCUGGGGUUGAGGAACAAGAGGAGGGGGAGCCAAAGAGGACAGGAGACACAGGUCCCCUUUGUGGACCAUGUGGCUGGGGAGGCAGGAGAGAUUGCAGGGGAGCCAGCACCAGCCUACGACGUGCCCAGUUAUGAGGAGGCGGUCACCAGUGGCCAGUACCCCAUACGCCAGAGCAACUUACGCCACAGCACCUCCCAGCUGCCUUCCUACGAAGACCUCAUCAGUGCUGUGGAAAACGAGGGGGAGGGACCAAGAGCAGUCACUUCAGAGGAUGUUCCUCCCACUACUCCGGCCCUGGAUCCCCAGCCCACCCCCGCCGCUGCAGCCAACCCCCCCACCCGCAGCAGCAGUCGGGCUAGCCGGAUACUACGGCCGCUCAGGGUACGCAGAAUCAAGUCAGAGAAACUCCAUCUGAAGGACUUCCGUUUUAAAGUCCACAACCCUACUGAUGUGAAGGUGACCAUUGAACCCAUCACGCCACCACCACAGUAUGACGAUAAGAUGCCUGAGUUCUGACAGCGCCCUCGGGCUUGGGAGGACUACAAGCAUUGUUUUUCAAUGUUGAGUAAAACAACACUAUUGCUGGAUCAGAUGGACUAAUAAUAAUACCAUUUCUGGAAAGCAGAACCAUUAUAACAGAUGCUUUGUGAAUAUAGGCCCUGAACUCACAUACCAUCUCAGAGUAGGAGUGUUGAUCUAGGAUCUGUCCAUGCAAUCUUAUUCAUUAUGAACUGAAAGGCAAAACUGAUCCUAGUUCAGAUCUCCUACUCUGAGACACUUUGUGGAUACACGGGCCUUGAGUCCAGAGGCCUGGCUUGGGAGUCUUCUUCCUUCACACUGAGACCAAGACACUGACAUUGUUGCUUUGAAUCAAGAUGUUUCUCUGCUCUAACUUGACUUGUUUAUUGAAAUCUGCUUAAUGGCAUAUUUAUUCCAGGGCUUCUUUAUGUGCACUAUGCUAUCUGUUUAGAACACUGUGGCUGUGUUUUGAAGAUAAUUAGCUAUCUUAUUCUUAUCUUGUGCACAAAUACAUCUUGACAUCCAGAAAAUGUCCUUAACCUUUUCAGAUGGAAUGCAUAAAAUGGUGUCAUAACAGUGCCUUGGUCAUUGUAUUGUAUCAGCAGAUGUGCCUAUUAGGAAACAAUCCAUGUCAUCAGUUUGUCCCCCCACACUGUGAUUGCUCAUGGACUACUGGAAACAAAUGCCCUAUGAAAAUGGUAGUUUCAUGUCAGUUUAUACAAAGAAUGGCACAACUUUUGAGAAUGUGUUUUAUAGUACUACUAUGUAGAGGACAUGCUGAAGCCAAGGAAUAAUGAAAUACCUUUAUGUUGACUGGCCUCUGUCCUCUGUGUUGACGUUUGGCAGUUGGAGAGUAUUGAAUGUGAAUCAUGAAAAUGUCCGCUUUCUAUAACUGCAGCAACAAUGAAAGGGAAUAAGUGUUGUCUCGUCAGCUUUACAUUCAAGGGAAUAGCAGGUAGAAUACCCUGAAGUCCAAAUAAACUGUAAGACUUUAUCUCUGCUAAUUUAUCUAACUAUGCACAUUUUUACAGCGUUAAGAGCAUUUUGAUAAGAUUGCUUCAAGGUUUCUUUACUUAUGUGGACCGUGAAUGAAUGUACCUUUCUAGUACUGACCCAGUUCAACUAACUAAAACCAUGUUUGGGAAGAUCAUUGGAGAAGCAUAAUGUUCUUAGAAUUUAACAGCAGUUAUUUAUUAAAGAUUUUUUGACAUCUGACACUGUAGGAGAAAAAAUUGAACUAUUGGGCUCCCGAGUGGCGCAGCAGUCUAAGGCAGUGCUAGAGGCGUAACUACUGAACCUGGUUCGAGUCCAGGCUGUAUCACAACCGGCCGU